AUGUCUGAACGCCGUGUAGAAUCAGAGCCACCGGGCCACGAGGCCACGCCGGCACCUAGCACCUCGGAGACAGCCGUGAGCGAGCCCAUUGACCCAGAAUCCAUGCUUGAUGCAGAAGUGGGCACGCCCUUUGAGCAUGACCGCCUGCACAUUGUCACUUCAACGCAAGGGGUCGAGGCCGUCGGCGAAAUUGAUCAUUUUGGGCGGAUGAACGUUCAGUAUCUGCGCCCCACAGCAGAUCCGGACGUCUUUGAACUGGACGUCGAGCCAAGCCUCAACGCAGACGUUCAGCCAUCCGACGAGGCCGAAGCGUCCAAAGACGCCGAAGAGGCUGAGGCAUCUGAAGAGGUUGAAGAUGCCGACGACGAUGGCGACGACGAACUCGCCCCCUUGCAGCCAUCUCAUCAGUCACCGCGUCGCUCACCCCGCACAUCUCCCCACAAGCGCGCCUCACCUCAGUCGUCCAGGCCUGCUAGCGAGCUGGAUCGCGAUCUGGUUGACCUCACAGAUACGGCGCUUGUGGACCCAAGCAUUCCCAUCUCUCGCCGCGAUCGUCUGCUAAAGGCUGCCGGCAAUGAACCUGACUUUGGCAAACACAACCUGCAUCGUCUCUUUGACCGAGACAAUGAUGGCCGAUUGUCGCAUGCGGAAUUCCAGUCUGGUCUGCUCGCCCUGGGCAUGGAGAUUGAUCGAGACAACGCCGGCACCAUUGAGGAGGACGAGUUUGUGCAAUUCUUUAAGCGUCUGCGUAUGGAUGACAUCACGCGCAAGCUGCAGGGCUUCUCUCGGCGUGAUCCUGUUCGCGUGAAGGUUGUCAGCUAUUGUGCCUCGUCCAAUCACGCCGAGCUCAAUCAGCACGUCGAAUUUGACCUGGCUCAGUUCAAAGACUGGCUUGAUAAUCGACAUCGGCUGCAAAAACUUGGGUUCGCUUUUGAGCUGGCUGCAAUAUCGUCUUCGUGCCAACGCUUCUGCUCAUGUUUCAGGACUCUGCUUCAAGACUCAUUCCGCGUUUUGCAUCAUACUAGGCCGAUCCGCUCUUGGGUCACCGUUAAGGGGUACGAUCCCAAUGUUGCGGACAUGCUCUCCGUUGCCUUGGACAUUCAUGAGGAAAUUCUUCAGGACGUCGUGACCAUUCAGCGUGAUAAGAUUGAGAUUGUUGGGCCCCCAGAAAAGCCCUUUGCGCACAUUUUAGCAAGCGUCUACGCCAUGAACAAUUCACCCAUCUACGUCCCGAGCUAUGGGUUGGCCAAUGUGUACGUGAAGCUGGGCCCCAAUGUCAAGGUUGUCACAAUCGUUCGGUCCCGCUGGUUUGAUGUGUUUUUGCUUGGUUCUGGGGUUUGGGAUCCUGAUGUGCUGGAUAGCCCCGUGUAUAACGUGGUGCGCGAGCUUGAGGAUCAAAUUAUUCGACGCUUUCCAGACGUCAUUCUGGGCAAUGUCAAAUAUCUCGCGUACCUCUUCCUCGAGGCUGUGUCCGAGCUCAAUUACGACAUGCGCGAUGUCUUGAAGCAAUGGCUGGAAAUGAUUGACGACGGCAUUUCGCAAACACCGCGCCCGGAGCACCGUGCACACCUUUUUGAGUAUGCCAAGGUCUCGAGCCUGUACAUGCGAGAGAUGUCAGCCCUAGCCAAUCGUCUUCACACGCUGCGUUGGGACGCCAAAGUGGAGCCCUUCUCCUUCUUCUUUCAAAAUGAGAGCGUGCAAGACGAGCAGACGAACAAUGUGCUGCUCUUGCUGACGUUGGUUACGACCAUCUUCAUCCCAGCCCAGUUCCUGACGGGCCUUUGGGGCAUGAACUUUGAGGAGAUGCCGGAACUCCAUUGGCGCUACGGUUAUGUCAUGUUCUGGUCCUUGGUGGCGGGCUUUACGAUCAUUACCAUUCUAUGGUUCCGUCUCUCGGGCUACUGGCAACUCUCUGGUCACUAA